AUGCAUUCCUCGAAGCUUAUCGGAACGGUCUGCUUGCUGGCACUCGUCCUGUGUUGCGUCGACGCCACUCUGCCGACGACCACAAAUCCUGCGGUAGUAGAGUUUGGAACUGCCGAUGCUGCCCUGCUUCAGUGCUUCGACAAGACCAUCUACGAGUUUAACAAAAGUCCAUCGGCUGUUUCCUUCAUUUCGCCAACCAACAUCAACUACGUCAAAGUGGAAACAUUGAAACCAGGGCUGAAUGGUGGCGUAACUGCCGAAAUCACUUCCGGAGCUAUCAAAAAACCGAACAUUGUCAUUACACUGACCGAGCCAGGAAGGAGAUCGUUAUUCAAGAGCAACAUUCGGGUAACAAUGUUCUGCGCAAAGUGA